UAAGAGAUUCAAAUCCAGAAUCGACUGUUGCAGUUGAAACUGUGACUAAUGAUGCUGGACAAGAGGAGUUCAACAGGUUUUAUGUAUGCUUCCAUGUGAUCAAGAAAACUUGGAUAGAGUCUUGUAGGCCAUUGAUAGGAGUAGAUGGAACAUUUAUAAAAGGGAAGGUUAAGGGGCAGUUGCUGGUUGCUUUAGGUAGAGAUGCAAACAAUCGUAUAUAUCCAAUAGCCUGGGGAUGUGUACAAGUAGAAAACAUAGAUAAUUGUGUGUGGUUUGUUCAAAAGCUGAAGUUUGACUUGGGACUGAUGGAUGGUGAUGGUUAUAUCAUUGUUUCUGAUCGCCAAAAGGGUCUAAUCCGAGCUGUGGAGCUAGAGCUGCCAAAGGCUGAACAUAGAAUGUGUGUCAGACACAUCUAUGGAAACUUGAAGAAAAACCAUGGCAAAGAUAAAGAGAUGAAGAUGUACAUUUGGGAUUUGGCAUGGAGCUACAAUGAGAGUGCUUAUGAAGCAAACCUUACAAGGCUUUACAACUAUAAUGUGGCUGUCUGGCGUGAUGUUGUCAAGUCAAAACCAAAAACUUGGUGCAGGGCGUUUUACAAGCAAGGAAACUUCUCUGAAGAUGUUGAGAAUAACUCAACUGAGUCAUUCAACAACUCAAUUGUGAAAGCUAGGGACAAACCGUUUGUGCCAAUGCUUGAGACCAUCAGGAGACUUGCAAUGGUCAGGAUUGCCACAAGGAUGUGUGAAUCUCAUGAGCACAAAGGGAGAUGCACACCAUAUGUUAGUAAGUUUCUUGCCAAAGAAUUUGAGAAAGCUUCGGAGAUGACUCUAAGAAGAAGCACUAAUGACAUGUAUGAAGCUACCAGAGGAUUAGAUACUCAUAGGAUAAGCUUGAAUGAGAGGACAUGCACUUACGGCAUAUUUCCACAGAGAGGACCAGCUUAUUGGCCAUCAACAGAGCACCCUAAUGUGCAUGUACCACCACCACCACCGCAGCCUGGGAGAAAGAAAGGAAAGGAGAGUAAGAAGGAUAAGAAGAGGAAAAAGGGAAAGUAUGAAUCUCCUACCAAGAAGGCACCAAAACAGAUGAAAAGGGUAAUGCAUUGUGGUGUUUGUGGUGCAGCUUGCCACAACUCAAGGUUUCACAAGAAGAAGUCUUCUGCACAGACCUUUGAAGGAGUGUUGUCUACAGGUCCUGCCAUUCAAGGCACUCAAGGCAGUCAAGUGGAACCAUCUUAA